AUGUUCGAUAAAGAUCAGCAGGCUGAGCUUGGAACUACUAUUUUUACAAUGCUGUUGACGAAACAUCGGAAUGAAGUGAUCCCAAUAAAUGACCCUAUGUAUUUGAGACUUAGUAGGAUAUUAAGGAAAUUGGUGAAGUCUAACAAAGAAGUCUUUGAAAAUACAGAAUGGACUGUCAGCAUAGUGAAUGAACCAUCACCCAAUGCUAUGGCUUUGCCAGGUGGAAAUGUUAUUGUAUUUUCUGGUCUUUUCGAUAUAAUUCAAAAUGAUGAUCAGUUGACAUUUAUUUUAGCUCAUGAAAUGUCUCAUGUUAUGCUUUCACACGUAGUAAGUUAUACAUAG